UUGAAUUACUGCUUUUUUCUUUCAGCGGAAGUUGGUUGAAAGUGUCAAAGCAUGACAAUUACACACAGAUUGGCUGCCUUUGCAGCACUUUUGCUCCUAAUCGAAAAUGCCCACGGAUUUCAACAGACCAACAAGCUUCUCACUUCCCUCAACGAUCUCGAGCAGCAAUCGUCAGCGUCUCUCAGCUGUUAUAAUGAGUUGGACGCCCCGCGCGUGCGUGUUGGAGAAUUCGUUACAGACUCUGUUGGUAUAUACGAUGGUCUGGGCGAUCUAAACAAACGAUGCGGUACCAUUAAUACUGUUGCCAGCACACUACUACUCAUCCCGGGGGUAAACAUCAUAGGUGCAAAAGUUCUCAUCCCCUUGACAACUGGUUUAACAUGGCUGACAAGAGCGAUAAGCAUCAUUCAGACUGGAACAGAGCCAAUCAUAAACGCUAUGAGACGAUGGGACGCACCAAUUAAAGCUCUCGGCCAGAACGCGGUGUCCACAAAACCAACAUUGCAAGAUGUAAUGACGGCUGCUUCCAAAGGUAAAACCCACGUAUCACUAGUAGCUAGCGAAAUCGCGAUGGUGGCUUGUGGAAACACGAGAUCUGAUCUCCUUGGCAACAUGGAAGCUGCAGCCAGUGGGAUGGACGUCAUUCCGAACGCGGCGAACGAGGAGUUGAAGAGAGCGGACACAGCUUGCCAGGGAGUGAAAACGUUCUUGCUCACGACAGAUUCCAAAAUAGACAGUGAAGUGACAACAACGUUGUCCAUUGCUAAAACCUCUAUCGACGUCAUUAACAGUGGAUUCGACCCAAUUCAGGAAUAUUUGAACGAAGUGGACAAAGUUUUGGACACUAAGUUAUGUCUAUCAGAUGUUGAGCGGAUUAUUGAGGACGAACUUGGCAUUAGAAGAGAAAAGGUCAAAGAGAUCGGAGACAAGGUUGUUGACGUCGCCGAGAAAAUCAAGGAAAAGGCUAAGAACAUUUUUGGAGGAUGGGGACGUCGGCGACGUGCCGUUGAGGCUCUACGUCAGAAGCGCGAUGUUUGUGUAACAGUCAGGCAAAUAUUGGACGGUUCUGUUGCGGUUGAUGGCGGAUACAAAACUGCUGCGGAGUUCCUCAUCAAAGAGGUGUUUAACAAAGUUAUGCCACAGUUACCAGGAGUUACCAAAGAGUUGGAGAAUUUGGCAUCGACACUGUUACCUUUCGAGUCUGACUUCGACUUACAAUCUCGAGUAAAUCAGAUGACCCUCAACCCAGCCCCCAUCAACAACUUCCUAGCCAUUGAUUAUACCCAGACAUUCUGGGAAAAGCCAUCUCCGGCUGAUGUCACUGGUUCCAAACAGACAUGCUCCGGCGAGGAGUCACUGAUCAGCGUGUAAAUCCCUUCUGAACAGAAGCGAAUACCAUAAUGACGACGGACGUGAAAAGAACUCUUCUGAUUUUAAAAAAUGCCUCUUACUGGAACAAUUUCUUUGUCAUGAAGAAUAAUAAAAGAAAAGGAAACACAUUAAAAUACGGAGGCCUACUGGCAUUAAAGAUUGGCCAGAAUGGGAUCAAACUGUCGCCAGUAAAAAUACUGCAGUAGUAAGGCUUUGUUACUUUACAGUUUACCAAUUGUAAUUGUAUGCGUUAGCAAUUUAAAAACCACUAACGAUGCAAUAUUAACAAAAGUGACGAUUAUUGAAAUAUGUUUAUAAUGGUUGUGUAAAUGAUAUCAAAUCAUUUCAAGAUGACAUGACAAACACUUCAACAUUAAAAAUCGCAGAAUCGAAAAGUGUGUUUUAUGCUGUCACUCUCGUUUUCUGGAUGUACUGACUGGCUUUAUUUUUGGGUGUGUUGAAACAUUUGCAUUGCUUUACAUUUUAUUUCUUUGCUUUACUUAACGAAGAAAGUUGUACCGAAUCACGUAAUGGGCUUAUUGUGUACACCCAACAUUACACACUUCAUGCGAACUUUAAAGGUUGCAUAUCCAAAAUUAAAGCGAUAAGAGCAUAAAACGAUUCUUGUUUUUGAUUUGCAAUAGCACACAUCCUCUAAAUCCUCAAUAAAUUCGACCACAGACAUGAUGUAUAAUUUGGCAUAUUACAGGAAUACUGGCUCAUGUGAACAGAUUACUCUUGGAUUAGGCUAUUAUAGAUGUCCCUAUAUGAUCAUUACAGUCUUCUUAUCACAAGAAUUACGAUUUUAACGCACAUCUAAAUGUAUACUUUACUGGUCCAAUUGGUUGAGGAUGCGAGCCUGUUCGAAGUCCUCUCUAAUUAAUAUGUAUAUCUGAAUACGGUAACUGUCAGAGGAGUAGAAUGUUUGAGUGUGUACCUUUGCAUCAACUAUA